CCUCUCAGCUGUUACUGCAAGUCGCUUUCAGUUUCCACAUGGAUCCAUUCACAAAUCUGCGGUGUUGAACAGUGGGGAAAUUCGGAUUGGGAGUGUCACCUCGUGUCGGAUUAAUCACCUCCUCUGUCAGUUUGGAACAACUUGUUGCGCAGCUGCUAUUUCUAACCUCCACUGUGAUCCAUUGCUGCAGUGGGACAGGGGACUGUUUUGUGCUUCAUCGGCUGGAUAUUUUCAGUGAAGGGAGACGGAUGGAUAGAGAAGCGAUUUUCCCCAAAUUAUUUCACCUUUCUGCAUGAAUUUUCUAUGAAGUCUCGUUGAAUUCUGGGAGUCUCUUUAAUAUGAUCUCAGAGGCAGGGGAUGCGAGUCAUGAGCUGGACGCGUCCUUGCCACGGGCUGGACUGGAGCCACAGCCUCUUCUACCUGACUUUACUUCUGUGGACCAGACGCAUGAAUGGACUGGCUGACUUCUCAAACUACCUGUUCAGAAUCAUAACCAGUCACUCUGCUCACGCGUGUGACGGACAACCUCUGCGACUCCACUGUCCACGUCACUCCACCAUCUCCAUCCAGUCUGCCUUUUACGGGAGCAGCGAGGGGCGGCUGUGCAGAGCAGACCCUCCGCUCAGAGCCCACAACCACAGCUGUUCAGCUUUUACUGCUCUACAGAAGCUGCUGUCAGAGUGUCAGAGCCACAGAGAUUGCCAACUGCCUGUCAACCACCUGCUAUUUGGGAAGGACCCCUGUCCUGGAACUACCAAAUACCUCCAUGUGGACUACAAGUGUAAACCAACUGAACACAAAAGACAUGUGGCGUGUGAGGGAGAGACCAUGGUCCUGCGCUGUAAGCCCCCCAAGGUGCUGAACAUCUAUGCAGCUGUCUAUGGGAGAGGUCUGGGCCAGACUGACACCUGCCCCUCACACCUGACAAGACCACCCCCAUUUGAGUGUCUGAACCAUGAAGCUGUACACUUGGUGUCCAAGGCCUGCUAUAGCAAACAGACGUGUGCUGUUGCCGUCAGCAACCAGACCUUUAGGGAUCCCUGCUUUCCAGGAACCAGAAAGUACCUCAGUGUGGUCUAUUCUUGUGUACCGCAGACUUUACUAAAGGAGGCAGACCCCAACAUUUCCAGCUCCACCUUGUCUCCCACUGUGGACACAGAAAAAGCCCCUCCUGCAGAUCUGGAGAAACCUUUUCCCAAAGGUUCAAGAAAGCCAGACAACUCAGGAGCUAUGAUGAGCAGCUCUCUCCUGACCUAUGCCUACAUCAAAGAGCAUUCAGAAAUGGCAGCGCUGCUGUUCACCUCCAGCGUGUGCGUCGGCCUUCUGCUCACGCUGCUGGCUGUAUCUGUCCGAGUGACAUGCAAAGGGCAGCGGCUCAGAGAUCAGAGACUCACACCCAGGUCCCACAGCCAGACCCUCAACUGCCAGGAGGAUGAGAAUGAUGAUGAUGAGGAAGAAGAUGAUGAUGAUGUAGAGGGGACAGAGAGCUCUUUAAUCUCAGCCGCAGAGAGGAAGGCAAUAUACGGCUGGGAGGAGGUGACUUACGUGAGUGAGGCAGCAGAACGAGCAGAGAGGAUUGAACGCAGAGAGAUGAUCAUACAAGAGAUUUGGAUGAAUGCCUAUCUGAAUGGCAGCUCAUGUUAAUUGAAUGCUAUUCAGCAGCUUCAGGAUCUUUUCAGGAUUUUCUCCAGCAGCUCCCAACCUUUGAGUACUGACAAACUAAGAAACUUUUUUUUUUUUUACAUUGUAAAGCAGUUUUUCAUUUUUUUUUUUUUGCCAUUUUUGUAGGAGCAUUCAGUUUAUGAAGAAUGUAAUGUUUAUGUGAAACUGCAGUAAUUUAAAUGGUCAACAGGGUUUUAUGCUGUAAAAGCGUAGUCACAGGUUCAUUUUGCAGUCACAAAAUCAUAAAUUCUGUGAUUGCUUCAGUGUAUUUAUUCACAUUCACCACCAGAUGAAGAUGCUAGGAUUUCAGGUUGAAACAUUGUUUACUGCUACUAAAAGGGUAAAGUCA